AAUAUAAAGGAGGAUGUUGGGAGAGCCUCCGCAUGGUCUGGGGUCGCACUUGCUGCAGGAAACUUAUCUGGGUCAGCUGCGCACCAUGCAAGCCUGGGUUGUGCUUCUCUUCUGGACUCUAUUAAGAGCCACUGGAGGCUUUUCCAGCUACGGUUACAUCCAGACAGAGGAGUACAAAACAAAAUACCUGAAAGAUUUGGCCACAGUAGAGGACGGCAAUGAAAAGCAGCUGAUCAGUGAUUUACACCAGGUUUUGGAAAGACUUCAAAGCAUUCAAUUUCCUGCUCUGAUAAAAAAGCAUGGGUAUCUCCCUGUGUGUGAGCCAGGGGAACAGUGUGCGUUAAGAAAAGGCUCCCGGAUUGGAAAACUGUGCGACUGCUCUCUGCCCCGGACAUGCAACUCCUUUCUCCACAGAUGCUUCUGAUUCUCCACUUCUAACAAGUUAUGUAAAAAUAAUAUAUAAGCUGGAUGCCUGAAAUGAUAUUUGAUGGUGUAACUCUUGAACACAAUUGUUUUUUUUACUAAAUAUACUGUGCAAAUAAAGCUCUGAUUG